AUGAAAAAUGAAUCAAAUUAUCACAAUGGUGGUGAAUAUAAAAUACCAAAUAGUAGUAAAAAUAAUAUCAAGAAUAGCAAAAAAAAUCCAGAAAUUCCAGAAAUUCCAGAAAUUCUAAAACGUAAAAGAGUUAGACGUUUAAAUGAAAAAGGGGAAGCCACACUUCAACCUGUUAAGGUUCAACGUUAUUGGCCAGAUAUUAAUAUUAAAACUACAACCACCACCUCUUUUAAUAAUGCAAGUGGCACAAAGAAAGUUCAUAUUUCCGAAAGGGAAGUAGCUGCUGAUCGAAGACGACAAAGGUUGAGAGAACGAGCUUUAGAACGACGUCGACAAGAAGAAGAAAGAUUGAAGGAAUUAGAAACAGCAGAAAAAAAUGCCGAAGCUACUCAAAUAGUAGAAGAGAAUAUGAAACAGAUUCUGAAGAUGAAGAUGAUCAAACAACAAGAAAAUUGCUUAAGCCAAGCUCACCGGGAAACAAUAUUAGAAAGGGAAAAGAUUGAAAAAUUGGCGGAAGAAGCUGAAACCAUGAAACUUAAAGAACGUGAAGAAAGAAAACAAGAAUCUCACAUGAUGGUUGCUAGUGUGGUUCAAAAAGAAAAACAAAAAGAAUUUGAUGAAGAGGCGAGUAAACGAGAAGUUGAAGAUAUUGAUGGUAUUGAUGAACAAGCUGAAUAUGAGGCAUGGAAAUUACGAGAAUUAAAAAGAAUAAAGACGGAUAGAGAAGAAAGAAGAGCAGAAAAAGAACGUGAAGAGAUAGAAAAGCGACGUAACAUGUCCGAAGAACAACGUAUGAAAGAAGAUAUGAACCAUGUAAAGAAGCAACGUGAAGAAAAAACCAAAGGAAAAUAUAUGUUUUUACAAAAGUAUUAUCAUAAAGGAGCAUUUUAUUUGGAUAAAGAUGAAGAUAUUUUCAAACGUAAUUAUGCUGCACCGACACCAGAUGAAGCAGUUCGUAAGGAGGUAUUACCAAAAGUUAUGCAAGUUAAAAAUUUUGGUCGAGCUGGACAAACUAAAUGGACACAUUUGGCAGAUCAAGAUACAACUAAGAAAGAUUCCGUCUGGAGUAAAAACACUCCAAUAAAUAGAUCAACGACAUCUAAAUUAGGUGGUUUACAUGGAGGAUUUGAUAAACCCACUUCUAAAAAACGUAAAACCGAAUAA